AUGAACAAUUUGAGUAAAGCCAUAUCAAAUGGAGAUUUUGAUGAAUCUUCAUCAUCUGAUGAUGAUGUCAUCAUGAUGCAACUAUUCACAACGCAACAUCAAAGAUUCCAGAUGUUAAGCCUAAACCAACAAACCAGACAUGUUGGUUCCAUAAGUGGUCAUCGAUACAUUAAUCGUGAUAGGGUCAAAGGCGACGAACAAAUUUAUAGAGAUUAUUUUGCAGAUAAUCCUGUCUAUCCAGAAGAAUACUUCCGAAGACGUUUUCGAAUGAGGCAAUCAUUGUUUGUUAGUAUCUUACACGAUAUUCAACAAGUGAAUGAGUACUUCAUCCAAACCCGUGAUGGCAUUGGUGCUCCUGGAUUAUCCGGUGUACAGAAGAUGAUUGCAGCACUUCGGAUCCUCCAAUACGACGUGCCUGCUGAUGUUGUAGACGAGUACAUUAGAAUACGCGAAAGUACUGCAAUUGCCGCCUUAAAUUUUUUUACUAGAUCAAUUGUUGCUACCUAUGAAGCCGUUUACUUAAGAUCUCCAAAUGAAGCAGAUGUCGCCAGAUUAUUGCAAGACGGAGAGCAACGCGGGUUUCCUGGAAUGUUAGGGAGUUUGGAUUGUAUGCACUGGCGUUGGGAUAAAUGUCUAAGUGCCCACGCCGGUGCUUACACUAGACACUAUCACAAACCAACAGUUGUACUCGAGGCAGUUGCCUCCUAUGACUUGUGGAUUUGGCAUGCUUUCUUUGGCAUGCCUGGCUCUCUAAAUGAUAUUACUGUUCUUGACAGGUCACCUUUAUUUACUGAAUUAACUAGAGAACGUGCCCCUGCUACCAACUACACCAUUAAUAAUCACGCGUACACCAUGGGGUAUUAUCUUGCUGAUGGUAUCUAUCCUCAUUGGGCAACGAUUGUGAAAACGAUAUCUCAACCUCAAGGCGCAAAGAGACAACUAUUUGCGAGGAUGCAGGAGGCAUGUCGGAAAGAUGUCGAAAGGGCAUUUGGAGUGCUCCAAGCACAAUUUAAUAUUGUCAGCGUGCCAGCUAGAGAUUUCCUACCCAUCGGCCUUUUACCCCUUGUAGAGACACUGCCCUCACCAACAGUUGGAUUGUUACCAACACUUGGACUGUUGUCGUCUUCAAAAGAAAUGCAGUUUUCCAUAGGGGAUCAAGGGCUGAAUUACGGGUUCCGUACUGGAUUAAUUCUGUUGUUUUCAACUGAAUUUGGUGCGAAAUUCCUGUUGAUUUUUGCUGAUCUGGCAAGCUUGGCAUCUGCUAUUUCACUUGCCAAAUUUGAGAACACAUAUGGCAUCUGCCAUCUUUUGCAAGUGAAAUAG